AUGGACUCCUUAUGGGUCUACGUCCUGAUCCAUCUCCUUCCAGUUGUUAGCCCUCUGGACGUUUACCACCAGACGCCGUCAUCUCAGGUUCUUUCAGUUGGAAGUACCUUUAAGGUGGAUUGCCACACGGGCUGGUUACCAGGUGGGAAAGUUAAUUGGUACAAACGGCAGCACCAAGAACAUUUACAGUACGUUUACUCUGUGAUGGAGUACACACCCCCCGCUGGAAGGUUAUCGGGACAAGUCAACGCUGAAAGUACUAUUUACUCCCUGAUUGUUAAUGAUGUGCAGAGAAGUGAUUCGGGGUGGUAUUACUGUUCAGCCAAAUCAUAUACCGAAGAGCCGUUCGUGUUCGGUAACGGUACCAAACUAGUGAUUACAGGGUCUCCGCGCAUUGUUCUCUUAACACCGCCGAUGACUGAAAUUCGUGGAGUGAAAACGGUCCAGUUGAUGUGCUUGGCGCAAAACGUGGACGUCGAUGCCCAUAUCAUACUCUGGAGUGUUUCGGGGCGUAAUAUCGAGGGACGAGUGGAUUCCGGAACAAUAGACCGCGACGGGACACAAAGUUUCAGGAGUCAGAUCGGAAUCCCGGUGGAGACAUGGCGCAGCGGCGCCGUGUGCACUUGCGCCCUUCGAGUCAACGCGACCGAAAACUUCAUUGCUGACAGUGUUUUCCCUCGAAAAGAUCCCCCUUCCCUCAAUGUUUGCCUUUUGCUGAAUUCUGUCGGCUUCCCUGUGGCGUUUAUAGUUCUGUUCGCGGUUAUAUUCGCCGUGGGACGCAGCUGCAGGAUCCGACAGUCAGGCAAGAAGAGCGGUCAGAUGAACUUCGCAGAAGUGAGAACUCGGGCGGCAGGAAAUGAUGGAAGCGAAAGCCACACGACUAACAGGAGUUCGAUCCGAAGACCGGUGGUAGAUCUAUUUAGUGAGCUGCGCAGCUGGGGCAAUGAUCCGCGAUUGGCUUGGACGCUGGAACGAGAGCAGCUCCUGCAUUCUGCAGAUCAGCGCAAGAGUCGGUCGGAAUACUUGGGCGCUCACUUUCCACACCUAUCAGCAGGAAUUUCUCCAGUGCUGCAUCUCCUGUGUGCUCUGCUGGUCCAUUUGCCAGGUAUCCAGGCAGUCCCUGUCCUCAGUCAAACCCCAAUGGCCGCACCUGCGUCCGCGGGACAAACCGUCCGCAUAGAAUGCCGAAUGCAGAACGGUGAUGUUAGAGGUCACUGCAUAAGAUGGUAUCGACAGCGUUUCGGAGAGAGACCGGAGUUGGUGUUAGUACACGCUACAAGCGAUGAUAUUUACCGAGGAACAGGGAUCACAAACCGUUUUCAACCAUCCAGAGGUACCUCCAGCAACAGUCUCAUCCUGACCAUCAGCGGUUUGGGGUCCCAGGACUCCGCUGUUUAUUACUGUGCAGUGUGGGAUAAUGGAUUUAUCUUCGGUCCAGGCACUAUCCUCGGUUUAAAGAGCAACGAAUCCCGGAUACCGUCGGUUGUCCUGCUCCCUCCAUCUCCAGAGGAGACCAGCUCGGGUACGGCCACUCUGUCGUGCCUGGUGAGUGGCUUUAGGCCGGGCUUGGUAGCGCAGCGCUGGAGCGAAGAUGGAGUCGAGACGGAGAGCGGGGUGACGACUAGCGCCAUGUCCACGGACACCGACCAGACCUACAGACUGAGCAGUUACCUGCGGGUUCCCGUCGCCUGGAACAAGGGCUCGAGCUAUUCCUGCAGCGUGAGUCACAGCUCGCUGAGCUCGCCGCUGCGCAACACCAUCUCUUCGUCCGCCUGUGCGCAGCGAGACUAA